UCAGUAGAUUUUCUGUUCUAUUGUUCUUUACAUUUGUGUUUAAGGAGCUUAAAGUCAUGUACUUGCUUUAGCCCUUUUUCUUUCAUGUAUUGUUUGAAGAGCUUACACGGUAGCUAUCUUCUUGGUUACUGUGUACCAUGCUAUGAUGUUUGCUGCUUUCUAGAAUGUAAAGGCAUUUAUUACUCUGCUUGCCUUUUCCCUUUUUCGCAACAAAAGUCUGCUGUCUAGAUUAGUUACUUCUAGGUGUGGAUUUUAUCUUUAAUGAGUCCAUAGUGUUGGCUUAACCUCAUGUUUCAGCUGUUUGGUUGCUGAGAAAUGCAGGGAAAGGGAAGAUGAACGAAGUUUCAGUGUUAUUUUAUUUUUGGGUUUUGAAUGAAAUAAGGAAUUUAUAUGCCUAGUAAUUCAGUAUCCACAUACACGUUGAUACGGUUUACUUUUGGUGGAAUACAAGUUCUACUCCAAAAUGGUUCUAGGUGUAAACGCAAAGAACAGGAAAGGUGCCUCAGUUCAUGUGGAUUAUCUAAUCCGCAUCCUGGAGAUUAAGCCUUGGCCCCCAUCUCAGUCUCUGAGAUCCCUUCGUUCGGUCCUGAUUCAGUGGGAAAAUGGUGGUCGCAACUCUGGCUCUACUGACACUGUUGUUCCCUUGCUUGGCUCAAUCGUUGGUGAGGGGAAAAUUGAAUUCAACGAGUCUUUUAGAUUACCUGUGACUUUGAUAAGGGAAAUGUCUAGCAGAGGAAAGGAUGCUGAUUCAUUCCAGAAGAAUUGCUUAGAAUUCAACUUGUGUGAACCUCGAAGGGAUAAGAUCCAGUUGCUGGCAACUGCUGUAAUAGACUUGGCAGAUUAUGGUGUUGUCAAGGACACCCUAAGUGUAAAUGCUCCAAUGAGCAGUAAUAGGAGCUUUAGGAACACAUCUCAGCCGGUUUUGUAUAUCAAAAUCCAGCCAUUUGAUAAGGAUCACACCAGCUCCUCAUCAAAGGACAGCCUAUUGAAAGGAGUUUCACCGGACAAGAAUGGUGGUAAAUCAGUUUCAGCAUUUAUGAAUGGAGAAUAUGCUGAGGAAGCUGAGGUUGCCUCCUUCACUGAUGAUGACGUCUCCUCACAUUCAUCUCUAACCAAUGGGGGUUUGCGUCCUCAAAAUGAAGAGAAUGGACUGGACAGACAAACAAGUGGUGGAGUUGUUAACUAGGAGAAGGAUAUUGCUCCAAAAUUGGGCAUUGAAAAACAUAUUGCACCGCAAGAAAAUCCAAAGGAGAGUUCAUCUUGCUCGUCUUCUGUAGAUUUAUCUUCUG